AUGGCUUAUACGACCCCCAAUCCUCUUGCUGUCGAACCCAUGAGCAACGAAGUCGAUACAACGAUCCCAGACUCCCCCUCAAGUCUUCCUCAGACUCCCCGCAACACCAAAUCUUCGUGGGUUGCUCGCAACAGAAACAAACUUCUUAGGCGUAUUGCUCUCUUCAAGUCACCCAAGAUGGAGGCACCCAUGAUAGCCUCGACUUCACCUACGCCUACAGACAAUCAACACAUUGGAACAGAGUAUGUCUCUACCCAACAUGAGGAAGCUCCUCGCUCUGUUUCCCCCGAUUCAGCGUUAAUCGGCAUGGGCCACGAUGGAACACACGGAGAGGGAUUGCAGUCGCCGCCGCCGCCGCCGCCGCCGGCGUCCAACCCACAAUAUCAGUACCAGAACGUUCCCUCGCCGUCAUCAUAUCCGCAGUUUCCAAAGGAGGCGGACUUGGGCAUCUAUGCUACUUACCCUGCAACGUUCUCCGGAGGAUCCAAUUCAUACUCGCCGCCACCCAUGGGAAUGUACGGAGUAUUGCCCACGACACCUCAAGUAAUUAACUUCCAGAACUGGGGACAGGCAGAUGAUGUCCAGUGCUUGAUAAGUUCCCCUCAAACCCCGUUCACCCCAUUCGGACAGCCACCUUUUGCACAGCCAGUCUAUGGACAAGCAGGACAGGGACAGCCGCCCUAUGCACAGCCGCCCUUCGAAUGCUCUUCCCAGCGCGGCCCAUAUCGCGACAAGGUCAGCUGGCUUGGGAUAACGUUGUGGUCCCUGUCCAUUUUUUCAACCAUUGGGAGCGGGAUCUGGUUGGGUGUCGCCUUGAUUCAGCCCAAAUGGGGAAAGACAGUUUCCUCCGCUCAUGGAGCCCUUCCACCGUCGACAGCUUCUUUGCUCACUGCCCUGAUUGCCAAGUUGAUCGAAACCUCCUUCGUUGCCGUGUUUGUUGCCUCUGUUGGCCAGAUCCUUACGAAAAAGGCCUUUGAUGUUGGCAACAGAGGUGUUACGUUGGGCGAGUUCGGCAUGAAAAACUGGGUUGUUAAAGUGGGAUUUACCCCUUUGGGUGUUCUAUGUAUGCUCGCCACCCUCGUUGCAGUGUUAUACACCACAGCCUCGGACGCUCUCGUUGCUCCCAAAUUGAAAUGGGGCAAACCCGAAAUGAUCGUCAUGAAGAAUUACGCCAUGACUAGCUAUGGGAACGUACAAUUCGUCAAGCAAAGCUGUCAUCUGCCGGAUGGGCUGCUGGCCGAUGACCAGAGCCAAGAUAGUUGUCUUGCUGCGUCUCUCUCAGACUUUGGCCGGAACAACACAAAGCCAGAGGGACGUUACAUGUCCAACAGGCCCCCAGUAACAGCAACGCUCUACGACAAUGUCACUGUCACAGGGACGUGGAUUAAUACCGAACAUAGUGACCCCAUGGCAAGCUACGAGAAGUACAAAAGAACUAUCAACAAUGUGACUCUAGCAGUUCCUCACCCUGGGGUGUACGACGCAGCAACAGAUCCCGUUAAUGAAAUACUUCAGCCCAGCGAUCUUUCCGGAGUAGGAGAAUACAGGUUAGCGGCAAGCGCGGUCAGCCCGGCGCUGAAUGUCCUCUGUGUGGGGAUGACCGAAGAGGAGCUUGCGCCUCUUGUAUACACAACAUGGCCUCAUGCCAACUUAACGGACGCGGAGCUCCCAGGCGAAAAGACAGGUGGGUUGAAUUGGUUAGACGAUGUCCCUCCAUCCAGCGAAAGUGAAUGGGUCAAUGGGACUGUUCUCAAUGCCACCGUUGUGGAUGACAUAUUUAGAUGGGGCAAAGGCUACCAACGACGACCACCGGUCUUUCAGAGGUUUCCGUCAGAAUACAACGUAAUUAUCAAUGCGACAGUCGCAAGUUCAAACGACUGGACCCACAAGUCAGGCUCUGUCUAUACACUCGUCAACAACAAUGCCACGGACGACUACACGUUGUGUGAGAUCCGGUCGUGGCUCUCCAUCAACUGUUCAACGCAUCUCAACAUCUCAGGGACGACCGGCGCUCAUAUGUCGGCAAACUGUGAAGAUGAACACGAUCCAGUCAGCUACCGCAAGUCAGUCCCGGGCGCUGUGGAACUGGAUGAGUCUGACUGGAAGUGGUUAGCGCAAUCAUGGCAGCUAGCCAUUUAUAUGAACUCCGGGUUGACGACCCUAAAUUCUUCACGAGAUCGCAUACUGACUGCACUACCAUUGGAGGAUCACCACCUCCCCAACAGAGUGCCAUCCCUCGCUGAAGUCCUGGCGGCACUUGUCAGCCCGACAUUGAUCUCUGGCUCUAUAAAGACGCCUGUUGUUCACUAUUGGCACCCAGAGACGACACCAGUUGUUUUGCCGGGAUGGGAGAACAACUUUAACGCUUCAAUCACGAAACAAGAGUACACAUCGGGCUCUGCUAUGGAUUGGCAACGCGCAUUUCUAACAAUCCUGAUUAUGGGGUUUUUACUAAACUUGUUUUGCUUGGUUCAUUUGUUCAUUCAGCUCAGGGGUCGGCCACUUACCGACUUCACGGAUCCUGCAAACUUGUUUGUCCUGGCCAUCAAUUCUCCUCCCAGUCAGGCACUCAGCGGAACAUGUGGAGGAGGACCCACAGGUUAUCAGUUGGAUGUGCCAUGGCGUAUCGGCUACUCAGAACAAUCAAACCACUACUUCUUUGAGGAAGCAACUGAAAAGAGGCAGAGGCUCAAGAGGAAGAAGGCAAUUGGCCGUCGGGAUAUGGUCACUUCGGAAAUGGAGCUGGUAGACUUCAAAGAUGGCGACAUCAAGGCAAAGAUGGAUGACCCGAGGCAGAGCUAUGUCAAGUUGAGCAACCAUAAGAGCUGGCUGUAAGGUUAUUUAUCCGGAGGAAAUAAUGGUGCUGAUUCGGGACGGGACAUGUCGCAGCAUGGAUAUCUGCUGUCUGUAAUACAAGGGGAAGUAUUCAAUCAUAACACAUGAUUUUGCACCU